AAUUAUAGUUGUUGGCAAUGGAUCGUAAGGUGACAGCUUAUGGUUUUUUAUAUGUUGCACCACCUAACAUCGACUUCUCUCAACCGUCACAUUCAGCUAAGAGAUGGCAACGACGAUGUUUCACAUUAUAUGAAGAUGGCGAACUAAGUUAUGCUCUGGAUGAUAAUCCAGAAACACUCCCACAAGUUAAAAUGGACAUGAAUCUAUGUGUACGGGUUUGUGAAGCAGAUGUAAUAACGGGUCAUUCGCAUAGUAUCCUAGUAGCAUUCCGGAAUGAUACUUCGAAUUCCAGUAUUGCUGGUAUUUGUAGAGAUAUGGAAAAGGAUGCCACAACUAUCAAUCAGCAUGUGCCAAUUUGCUACAUGAAAGCUGAUACAACUGAAGAAAUACGAUGGUGGCAAAGCUUACUCCAGAAAUACGCUAAACGUAGUAUUUAUCGUAUGACUGCGACACCAGCACGUAUGCUCGAUGAUGAACAGGAACGGAUAUUGGACGAAACUGUUGAUAAGAAAGAAAUGUUGGAAACUUGUGGGCCAACAAUUAUCCAGGUAAACGAUUCACUUUCUCGUCCAGCAAGUGCUUCAUCAACACGAUCAAAUCACGAGGUGCAACAGCUACCAACAUCACAACUAGAUCCGUUGUCAAAUAUGGUAACACGGGUAGAUUUAGGCACUCGUCCGAGCUCUAUUGAUGCACAUCACGGCACACCACGAGCUGUAAAAUAUCGAAAUAAAGUUAAUAAGGAGGAGCCAUCACGGAAAUCGACAAAUGAUGGAAUUACGGGUAUUGCAACAACACCUCCAGAAACGCCACCACCACUUCCUGAAUCACCAUGUCCUCCAUUAUCCUCUCGAAAGACACCAUUUUCUACUCCAUUUUCUAUUGAUACAUCCAGUGCACAUACGCUUAGGAAAGGCUGGUUGAUGCUACGAGGUAAAGGCGCUUCUGACUGGACAAAACAUUGGGUGGUACUAGCUGGGCUUUCACUGAAACUGUAUAAAGAUGUCUGGGCUGAAGAUUCUGCUGAGCCGCUGCUUUCCAUCGAUCUCAAUGAAUGUGAAAAUGUUUAUCCAUCAGCUUCUGCUAAGAAUUAUGGCAUUGAAAUCAAAUGUCGGCGAACUCGCUAUGUACUUUCGGCAAUGACGCCCGGAAUUAGGGAUAGUUGGAUUACAGCUUUGCAGCAAAAUUUGCACAAUCCUUCUCCUACCUAUGCUGAAACAUGUCCAAGUGAUGCUGCAAGUUUACCGGAUAGUGAUUUGGUCUCUUUAUUACCACGCAAAAAACGUAUUGCUUAUGUGGCACCUGAAUCUCAUCAUUCGAAUUCAAUGAUGGAUGACGAAUCUUGCACUGAAGAUGAAUUGAAUUCUCUGGAUCGACCAUCUAGAAAUCAGCAAGCGAGUCUCUCCGAAAGAUCGUUUGAAUCGUCGGAUGACGAUAACGGUGUAGACGGUGACCGGCGGCGUUCUCCUCAACGACGUCGUAGUGGUUGCGAUCAAAGUUUAUCACCAACUUUUCGUCGUUCACCAGUGUCACGUAUCAAAGAUAAAUCAACCAAUCGACAAAAUGGAACGAUGAGGAAUGGUUCCAGUUCAUCGCUUUCAUCUGUUAUACCUCCAGUUAUACAGUCGCAGCGAUGUAGCUCUUCGAAGUCGUUGCCACGAGAGCAGAGUGCAUCGUUGCAGGAGAUGAGACUACGUACACUCGAGUCACAGGUAGAAAAUCUCCGUGAUCAACUACAGGAUACGACUUCAAGACUUGGAGAAACAAGAAGCGAAAACGAACGUCUAAGAUGCCUUUUUCUGAGUAGCGAUACACAAGGUCUUUCGCAGUUACGACGUAGCCUUACGGCUGCUGAAGAAGACGUAAUCCGAAAACGUGAAGAGAUGGAAGCGCUGCGGAAACAGCUUGCCACACCGACUCGAGAAACUGAUCAACAAUGUGAAAUUAGGUACAAACAAAUCACUGAACAAUUUACAAAUCUUCUCAAAGUUCAAGUCGGUGCUUUGUCACGUUUUGUACAUUCCCAAACGGGCAGCAUUGAAUACGCUGAAUUACGACAAUGUGUUGAUCAACUAAUUCGAAGAGUAGCUGGGUUAGAUGAAGUUACUCAAAUGGAUCGUAAAAUAGAUCUGAUCGAAGAAACAUUGAAUAAUGUUUCUGAAGCUUAUGAACAGGUCAAUACAGUGCUGUUAAGGACACAACGCGAGGCACAACAGAAGGAAGCACAUCCGAAAAAUCCGUCGUCAGAACAAAUUGCCGAUGAAGUGCAGGAUUUGGAAAAUGAGCUGGAGGAACUUCAGGCUUCCCAUACCGAAGAAAUGGAAUCUAUGCAAUCCAAGUAUGAGUACCAAUUAAAAUUACUUCGAGAACGCCUGCAGCAUGAAGAACAUCGACGGAAGAAAGCGCAAGAGGAGUUGCAGACAGUGAAUUCUUUAAAUGAUCAUUCGUUAUCCGCAAUGAAGAAAACUCAUGAGGAAGUGCUGGCAGAACAAAGAAGGCAAUACGAGGAGCAAAUUACUGCGCUGCAUGAAGAACAUGCAGCAGAACUGCAGGAAGAAAAGAAAGCCACCAGGAUGGCUCUAGAUGCAGUGCAACGAGCGCAUGACGCUGAAUUAAGAAAUAUUAAUGAAAAAGUUCGCAGUAUUGGUGGUAACAGUAUAACCUCGGCCCAAACAAACAUCUCUGCCGAAUCAAGAACCGACGUACAGUCUGCAAGGCAGAGUAAAAUAUUGGAGCAGAUGAGUACUGAAUUGGCUCAGUUGUCGGCGUUGUAUUCGGCAAAAUGUCUCGAGAAUUCUCAGCUUGAUGAGAAGAUGUCUUUAUUGCUAGCCGACAAAGAAAAUCAGUCAUCGUUGAAUGAUGUAGAAACCCAAAAUCGACGCUUGCAUCGUGAAUUACGCCAAAAAGACACGAUAAUUGAAGAGCUGAGACAGACGGUAGCAUUUUUCGAGCGCCGAGCUGUUAAUUUGACCGGUGAAGAACUUUCUGCCAAAUAUGAGGGACGCGCAGACGACGUAUCGCUAUUGGUAGAGGAAUCGGUGACACCCCAAGCGGCUCAAAUUCAUUCCCCAACUCUCCAACAACAACAACAGAUAGCUCUCAGCUUUCCAUCAUUCAACAACAACAUAGCAGCACAACCAACAGCUGUUGUUUCAUCGAUUUGGCGUCUGCCAUCCGGUCAAGGGGUCAAAUUUCGAAGAAAUCGACAAGUGAUACCAAAAAUGACUUCAAGACGUAGUGACGUUCGAUUCCACAGCAACCCAGCGAUACCAGUGAGUGAGAUGAUGACAACCAAUUAUCCAGCCAGUGAGUUACGACGUUCAAUGGUUAUUCCAGUCAGCGAGCGUCGGAAAUUCUUUGAAACGAUCGCCGAAUACAGUCAUCCUUUCUAAUAAAAAUGAUGUUUCAUAACUUUAAAAAAUCAUUCCUUUCCCAUAGAGCUGGAAGUCCAAGCUGUCACUUACUGC